ACAACCUUAUCCUUUUCUCAAUCUCAAAACUUUUUAUUUGACCAAAAGUUCCAUUGCCCCUUUUUGUUCCUCAAACACCUUUGAUACAUUACUACUCUUACAUCAUCUUUUAAUAUGUCCACUAUCAUCUCUUUCAAUUGUUGCUCUUCUUUGACUGCCUCCAAAUUGAUUAAUCCAAGAGUACCCACUAAAGGUUCAAGCUUUCUAAGUACUCACAAGAGUUUUUCAUGGUGGAAUAGGCACUUCUUGCCCAAAUGUACUUCCCAGAAGCAUGUUCAAUGUCAGCUUCAAAAUGGGCAGCAGAAAAUGAGGUCAUUUUCACUGAAGGAAUGUGCAAUCUCAGUUGCUUUGGCUGCUGGAUUGAUAAUUGGAAUGCCAUCAUUGGAUUCAUCUCCUAUGGCUUAUGUAGCUAAUCCUUCAUUGCCCGAUUUAUCGGUUUUAAUCUCGGGGCCUCCUAUAAAGGAUCCUGGAGCAUUGUUGAGAUAUGCACUGCCAAUUGAUAAUAAAGCUAUAAGAGAAGUACAAAAGCCACUUGAAGAUAUAACAGAGAGUCUCAAGGUUGCCGGUGUCAGGGGGCUUGAUUCUGUUGAGAGAAAUGUGAAGCAAGCAUCUCGAUCCCUCAAGCAAGGGAAAAGUUUAAUUAUCUCAGGAUUAGCUGAAUCAAAGAAAGACCAUGGUGUGGAAUUGCUCGAUAAGCUUGAAAUCGGGAUGGAAGAACUACAACAGAUUGUGGAGGGUCGGAAUAGAGAUGCAGUGGCACCUAAACAGAAGGAGCUGCUUAAAUAUGUUGGAGAUGUUGAAGAGGAUAUGGUGGAUAGCUUCCCGUAUGAAGUACCCGAAGAAUAUCGAAGUAUGCCUCUUUUGAAGGGAAGAGCAGCUGUGGAUAUGAAGGUGAAAGUCAAGGACAACCCGAAUUUGGAGGAGUGUGUAUUCCAUAUAGUCCUUGACGGGUAUAAUGCCCCAGUAACUGCUGGGAACUUUCUUGAUUUGGUGCAAAGACAUUUCUACGACGGCAUGGAAAUUCAGAGAGCGGACGGAUUUGUUGUCCAAACCGGAGAUCCUGAAGGUCCAGCGGAGGGCUUUAUUGAUCCUAGUACUGAGAAAACCCGAACAAUACCAUUAGAAAUCAUGGUUGAUGGGGAAAAGGCACCUGUUUAUGGAUCGACACUGGAGGAGCUUGGUCUAUACAAAGCUCAAACAAAGCUUCCCUUCAAUGCUUUCGGAACAAUGGCAAUGGCCCGAGAUGAGUUCGAGAAUAAUUCCGCUUCUAGCCAGGUAUUCUGGCUAUUGAAAGAAAGCGAACUAACACCGAGUAAUGCGAAUAUAUUGGAUGGUCGCUAUGCGGUGUUCGGAUACGUGACGGAAAAUGAAGAUUUUUUGGCAGACCUAAAGGUCGGUGAUGUUAUAGAGUCAAUUCAAGUGGUUUCUGGUCUGGAAAACUUGGUUAAUCCAAGUUAUAAGAUAGCUGGUUAAAACCCAUUUUGUAGUUUUUGAAGUUAAAAAUGAUUUAAGUUUACUUGAUGUGCUUAAUUUCAUUCAUUUCAAACUCAGAAUGUAUUGUUUUGUUGAACUAUUACAUUGCUACUCUCUUUCUCUUUUGGUUUUAAAUAAAAUGUGAUGAUUUUGUCUUUUUGGAACCAAA